UUUUGAUUCUGCUCUGACCACAAAGUAACCAAAACGUGCAUUGAAAAACAUUGAAAAUUUCCUCAUUGCUCUUACACUUGACGUUGUUGGAUGUCUGAGGCAACACAUUGACUUUUGGCUGAGAAAACGGUCGGCAAGAUGGAUGUUUGCAGAUAUUUGAUUGUGAUUCACUUCCUGGCGUUCACCUUUUUCAAAGUGGCAGCUUGCUCUGAGGUGUCCAUUAUUGGAGGCAAAGAUGUCAAAAAACUUCAGCCGUGGAUGGUGUCCAUUCAGAAGGACCAGACCCAUGUGUGUGGAGGAAUCCUCAUUCAAGACCAAUGGGUUUUAACUCCAGCACACUGCGAAAGAAAACCCAUUUCAUCUGUGACAGUUCUCAUAGGAUCUCUGUCUCUGAGUAAAGGCUCUCAGCGUGUUGGCAUCCUCAGUUAUGCAAAACCUGCAACAUUCAAUGAAAGGACUAAACAAGAUGACAUCAUGCUGAUUAAGCUAAACAAAAAAGUGAAAGCAAAGCCCAAAAAGAUCCCUAAAAAGGAAAAGGAUGUUCCACCUGGAACAAAAUGUGUUGUGACAGGUUGGGGAACUGCUAAUUCUGAAGUCCAUAAACCUUCUGAUAAACUGCAAAUGUUAGAGGUGACAGUUGUGGACAGAGAUCUGUGCAACUGCUUCUACAAGAGCGAUCUUGUGAUCACCAAAGACAUGCUGUGUGCAGCAAACAAGCAGGAAAAUAGAGGCGUCUGUUGGGGAGAUUCCGGUGGACCUCUGGAAUGUAAGAAAAACAUAGUUGGAUUUGUAUCAGGGUCGAUAGGAUGCGGUAAUCCCAAGAAACCAACUGUGUACACGUUUCUCUCCAAAAGACAUAUCUUCUGGAUCAAUAGCAUACUUAAAAAGCAACUGAACAGCACAACUUUUUAA